GUGAAGCGCGCGCGGAACGCGCCAACAGUUUGAAAAAAGAAGCCGUUCGGAGACCCGCGAGACCGAGACCCGCGAGACCAGCGCCGGGAGUGCUCCGUGAGGGACAGCCGCCAUGGCGACCCCCCCCAAGAGAAUGUGCGUCAGCCCCGACUUCAACAACAGCUUUGAGAAGUCCGCGAGGAAGAUCUCCAUCGAGGGAAACAUUGCUGCAGGAAAAUCAACCUUUGUCCGUAUGUUGGAAGCUGCCAGCAAUGAAUGGGAAGUCAUCCCUGAGCCCAUUGCAAAGUGGUGCAACGUGCAAGCAAGUGAGGAUGAAUUUGAGGAACUUUCAGCGUCCCAGAAAAGUGGUGGGAAUCUCCUGCAGAUGCUCUAUGACAAGCCCAGUAGGUGGGCAUAUACAUUCCAAACCUACGCUUGUCUCAGUCGGAUCCGAGCACAGAUUAAACCAACCUCGCCCAAGCUUCGGGAGGCAGAACAUCCCGUGCAGUUCUUUGAAAGAUCAGUGUACAGUGACAGAUAUAUAUUUGCUUCAAACCUGUUUGAAUCAGGAGACCUCAAUGAAACUGAAUGGGCCAUUUACCAAGACUGGCAUUAUUGGUUGUUACAACAGUUUGGUUCACAAAUCGAGUUGGAUGCCAUGAUUUAUCUCCGAGCCACCCCUGAAAAAUGCAUGGAUCGGCUUCACCUGAGAGGUCGGGAUGAGGAGCAAGGGAUAGAGAUGGAGUAUUUAGAAAAGCUACACGACAAGCAUGAAUCCUGGCUUCAUGAACGAACAAUGAGGCUUGACUUUGACUGCUUGAAGAAUUUGCCUAUUCUGGUGCUGGAUGUCAAUGACGAUUUUAAAAAUGACAAAAUUAAACAAGAGGACAUUCUAGAAAAGGUUAAAACUUUCUUGCAGAAUUUAUAACGAUGUCCUUAGCUGGGUACAAGCAUCCUGUUGCACUUUUACCUGUCUGACCUAACUGGAGGCAUAUGAAAAAUGAUUUCCUACAUUUCAAUAAUAUAUCAAUCUUGAAACUUGCUUACUUGCUUGCCCCACCCUCUUGUGAGCAAAUGGUAACGAACAACUUAUUUGUGGACUUCCCCCAAGUUAUUUAUUCCUUGGGAAAGUUCCACUUGCUGCAUUAACCAAGCCCAGACCUGCAAUGGCCUAUAACAGAUACAACCACAGUGAGAGUGCGAAGGAGCUUUGGAUGUAGAACCAUUCCCAAUGUGUUAGUGGUGCAAUGUGGUAGUAAAAUAUUAAGUCUUCCAUAUGUACAAUUGAUUCAGGUGUAAAUUUCCAUUUUUCUGCAGAAAGGGCUGAAGUUAGUCCUAUUUACACGUGAUUUGCUUCAGUAAAGGUAACUAUUUAAAGAGUGUGUGCAUAUUUAAUAGAUCUGUAUAUUUGUGGAGUCCUGUAGCUCAGUAGUUGGAGCACUCGCUUUGCAAGUGAGAGACCUGAGUUCAAUUCCAGGCAGGUCAGGGCGAAACCUUGGGCAAGUUUCCUUACUCCACACAGAGCCUAAUAAUAAUCCCUCCACAAAAACAAUAAUAGAUUGGUCAUUUUCAAUCCACGACUGUUUAUGGGACAUUGCUGUGCACAAUUGGU